UCGGUGCAUUUUUUUUUAUACAUUUACUCGACUUCACUAUCAGUGGUUCAAAGUCGGUUUGGUGCAGUUAAUGAUUUGAACUGGAACGGAGCGAAGUUCACAAUGGUCCGGUCCAAUCAUUGAGUCAAUAUUUUCCACCUAGUCAUAAGUGCUCAACAACAGAUUGUCGAUCAAGCUUAGGAUAAAACUGUCAGUCAUCGACGUGUGCCAGACCAUUUGUUGAUAGUCGGUUGAUUCAUUAUCUCAGAAAUGUCUUCAUACCAGGUGCAACCGAUUCCCGGGCCGAUUCUGGAUCUGGGCGAAGGGCCUCAUUGGGACGCGGAACGACAAAGCUUGUACUACGUGAAUCUGUUUCAAGCAGAAGUUUUGCGGCUCGAUUAUCCUACGAACCAAGUUUUUAGGGCUCGAGUGGAUGGCAGUACCCAUGCCACAUUCAUAAUUCCAGUGAAAAACAAGCAUGAUCAAUUCAUAAUUGGUGACGGAAAUCGGAUAGUCCUUAUUCAGUGGGAUGGAGUGUCAGAAGUUGCUAGAUCAAUCGAAGUGAUUGCUACUUUCGGCGAGUUGGAGCAAACAAAUCGUUGGAACGAUGGAAAAGCUGAUUGUCAUGGAAGACUUUUCGGUGGAACUAUGAUAUCGGAAAUGCAAGGCAAUCCGUUCGAAAGCAAUACCGGAAAUUUCUACCGGUUUGAAGCCAACCAGCUCAAGUUUACACGACUGAUCAGUAACGUUUUCAUUUCCAACGGUUUGGCUUGGAAUUACAACACAAAAAAGUUCUACUACGCGGAUUCUGGCGCCUUUGAGAUAAAAGAGUUCGACUUCGAUGCAGAGGGAAAUUUGAGCAACGGAAAGGUUUGGUUUGACUUCAAACAAAAUGGACAGAGGCCGGUUGAGUUCCCUGACGGUAUGACCAUUGAUGACCAGGGAAAUCUUUAUGUUGCAGUUUUUCAUGCAGCCAAAGUUUUAAAAAUCAAUCCAAGUGGCCAGGUUGAAAUGGAGAUCCAAACCCCGGCCAGUCAGGUGACAUCUGUAGCUUUCGGGGGACCGCAGCUGGAUGAGCUUUACGUCACCACUGCCAGCAGACAGGACAGUGGAAUCCCACUGCCGGAACCAGCCGGGGCCACCUUCCGUGUAACGGGGCUCGGAGUUCGAGGUACACCGAUGUAUCAGGUUGAACUUUAAGGGGUAAUUUUUUUUGCCAAAUAGUAUUAUAUAUGAUGUAAAUUUGACUGUAUGUGUUUACCAGAGAUUUAGA